AUCUGCAGCCUUCCCCACGCGCGGCCCCGCCAGCGCAAGGUCUGGGCAGGAAGGGGCGGGCCCUGCUUCGCGGCUUUGCUGGGGCCCGCGUUGCCAUAGCGACCCUGGUCAGGCUCUGGACGCCAGUGCGCGCGCAGCGGGCGGCAAUUGAGGCUGGAGGCAGUAACCUGCGACUCUGCUCUCCAACCGGCAGGAGUGCGCAGCCUCUGGUCCAAGAGUAGCAGCCAAAUGCCUAUCUCCAAGUGCCCGAAAAAGUCGGAUCCCCUGUGGAAAGAGUGGGACCAGAAGUCCCAGAAGAAUGGACUGAGGCACCAGGUGUAUGCUGUCAAUGGCGACCACUAUGUGGGAGAGUGGAAGGACAACAUGAAACACGGGAAAGGAACACAGGUCUGGAAGAAGAAAGGAGCCAUCUAUGAAGGGGACUGGAAGUUUGGGAAGCGAGAUGGCUAUGGCACGCUCAGCCUUCCUGACCAAAAGACCGGAAAGCACAGGAGAGUCUACUCAGGCUGGUGGAGAGGCGAUAAGAAAUCUGGCUAUGGGAUCCAGUUUUUCGGACCCAAGGCGUAUUACGAGGGUGACUGGUGUGGCAACCAGCGCAGCGGGUGGGGCCGCAUGUACUACAGCAAUGGCGACAUCUACGAAGGCCAGUGGUGUAACGACAAGCCAGACGGGGAGGGCAUGUUACGCCUGAAGAACGGGAACCGCUAUGAAGGCUACUGGGAGAGAGGCAUGAAGAAUGGGUUGGGGCGUUUCUUCCACCUGGACCAUGGUCAGCUGUUUGAAGGCUUCUGGGUCGACAGUGUGGCCAAGUGUGGCACAAUGAUUGACUUUGGUCGUGAUGAGGCCCCUGAGCCCACCAAGUUCCCCAUUCCUGAGGUCAAAAUUCUAGACCCUGAUGGAGUGUUAGAGGAAGCUAUGGCCAUGUUCAAGAAGACACAAGAAGAAGACUGAUGUCAGAGCGAACACUAGCACUUCAGGAGGAAUUCAAACCAGAGUCACCCAACUGCUUGGACCAGUGUGGCUCCUGAUGGAGGAGCAAUUGACAACUCUGGCACACCCUUGGCACCCUCUGAAGACACCUCACUUCUCCCAGCCCUGGAUCAUUCCUUACCAGUAGAAGGCCGGUGCUUCUUUUCCCAGCUGGCCUUGGGGACCCUUUUGUUAUGGCCUUCAUUCUCAGACCCUGUCCCUGAGUGCGUGAGAAUAAAUGAGAAUCUGGCAGCGUGA